UCCUAUAAAUGGCAAAUGGGUUUUGGUUUCGAUUCCCUUCCCAGUCCAAAAGCUCCCUCUUUUAACCUUCCUUCCUCUUCUUUCUGUUGAUCUGGUUCUUUUGGGGGUUGUUUUUCUGGAGGAGGAGGAGGAGGAGAUGGGGAGGGGAAGGGUGGAGCUGAAGCGGAUCGAGAACAAGAUCAACCGGCAGGUGACCUUUGCGAAGCGCAGGAAUGGACUGCUCAAGAAGUUUUCAGAUAUCCCAAUGCCCGUCUGCUCCUAUUGCAAAUGUGAUCUAAUUUCUAGUCCUUCGCUGUCAAGACUUCAGUAUUCGGAGCCAAGCAUCUCUACAUGUAUGUUGAGGACACUAGAGAGGUACCAAAAGUGCAAUUAUGGUGCACCAGAAACAAAUAUCAUAUCAAGGGAGACUCAGAGUAGUCAGCAAGAGUAUUUGAAGCUUAAGGCGCGUGUUGAUGGCUUGCAGCGAUCACAAAGAAAUCUGCUGGGUGAAGAUCUGGGGCCACUUAACAUCAAGGAACUUGAGCAGCUUGAGCGCCAACUUGAUGCAUCGUUAAGACAAAUAAGAUCAACAAGGACACAAUACAUGCUUGACCAGCUUGGAGAUCUCCAAAGACGGGAACAAAUGCUAUGUGAAGCUAAUAAAUCCCUGAAGAUAAGAUUGGAGGAAAGCAGUGACGCGGAUCAGCAACAGCUGUGGGAUCCCAACACUCAUGCUGUAGCUUACGGGCGGCAGCAGCCUCAACCACAGGGCGACGGCUUCUUCCAAUCCAUAGACUGUGAACCUACUCUUCAGAUUGGGUACCAUCCAGAUCAAAUGGCGAUCGCAGCAGCAGCAGCAGCAGCAGCUCCUGGUCCAAGUUACAUGCCCGGGUGGCUUGCAUGAACGAAGAACAUACCUUACCUUGCCUUGAAUGGUAAUGAAUGUUACUGUUUCUUGUGCUGAUUGAUGCGGUCUGUAGCUAGUACAAUAAUCCUGUUUGUGAACUGCCAUAUAAAGAACUCCGACGGAAGAGCUGCUCCAGUAAUCAUGUCUGUGCACUUGACUACAUCUAAAUGCCGAGUUUAAAUUGGAACACUCGUGUUCUUGAAAGUA